UCGAGUGCGCUGGCUCAAGCAAACGCUCAUAACUGUAGUUGUGAGCUAGUGAUUUGUUGUUCGUAUUCGCCCCUACUGAGAGACAGCGUUUUGCUCUUGAGCCACGAUGAGACGAAGCUCAAGUACCAGCGGGAGCAGCAGUCGGCUCUCUGUGAUGGCGCUGAGAGUGCAAGACACCAACAAGAUGGGUCUCCAAACACCUCAGAUGAAGGACAGAGGAACAUUUGGGAAGCUGAGCAUGAGCAAACCUACAUCUGGAACUUCUGAAAGAAAAGUCAGCUUUUUUGGCAAAAGAACUAGCAGCGUUGGAGGUUCACGCAACAGUCAGUAUGGUGUGUUUGGUACAGAGAAGAUCAAGGAUCCCAGGCCGCUUCACGACAAGGCAUACAUUCAACAAUGCAUCAAACAGCUUUGUGAGUUUCUUGUUGAGAAUGGUUAUGCCCAUAAUGUCUCCAUGAAGUCACUACAGUCUCCAUCUGUUAAGGAUUUCUUAAAAAUCUUCACUUUUAUCUAUGGAUUUCUCUGCCCUUCUUAUGAGCUGCCUGAUUCAAAAUUUGAAGAGGAAAUUCCAAGAGUUUUUAAAGAGCUUGGGUACACUUUUCCUUUGUCAAAAAGCUCCAUGUAUACGGUGGGGGCGCCACACACAUGGCCUCAGAUUGUUGCAGCUUUGGUUUGGUUAACUGAUUGUGUGAAGCUGUAUUCUGCCAUAAAGGAGAAUGCCCCAUCGUUUGAUGAUGGACAGAACUGGGGAGGAGAGACAGAUGAUGGAAUUGUACAUAAUAAGCUUUUCAUGGACUACAUUGUGAAGUGCUAUGAGCACUUCAUGAAAGGGAGCGAUAUUUUUGAAGAAUUUGAUGCAGAAGUGCAGUCAAAAUUAAAGGAUUUAUUCAACAUAGAUGAAUUCCAGCUAGAAGGUUUAGCUGCAGAAAACAAAAGGCUUCAUGAAGAGAUUGCAAGACUUGAGAAAGAAAGGGAGAGUGAGCCGGAUCGUUUAGUAUCACUGCGAAAGCUGAAAUCUUCACUUCAAGCAGACGUCCAGAAAUACCAGGCUUAUAUGGAAAAUCUAGAGUCUCAUACAGCGAUCCUUGAUCAGAAAAUUAAAAGUGUUAAUGAAGAAGUUGAGACAGCAGAAAUGGAAGUAGAAGCAAUGAAGCAGGAAAAUGCCCGACUCCAGUACAUCUUUGAUAACCAGAAGUACUCAGUUGCGGACAUAGAGAGAAUAAAUCAUGAGAGAAAUGAGCUUCAGCAAACCAUCAACAAACUGACUAAGGAACUGGAAGCAGAACAGCAUCAACUGUGGAAUGAGGAGAUAAAAUAUGCUAGACAUAAAGAGGCGAUUGAAACACAACUGGCAGAGUAUCAUAAGCUGGCUAGAAAACUGAAAUUAAUUCCAAUAAGUGCUGAGAAUUCCAAAGGCCAUGACUUUGAGAUUCAGUUUAAUCCCGAGGCAGGACCAAAUUCCCUAGUCAAAUACAGAACUCAGAUUAAGGCUCCCCUUAUGGAGAUCAUAAACCAGACUGAGGAAGAAAUUAGAAAAGCUACUCACCGGAAAAUGAGUUUGGAAGAUACUUUAGAACAGGUGAACACAAUGACAGAAGAAAGGAAAAGCAUUGUGAAAAUGCUGAAAGAAGAGGCUGAAAAGCUGGAUGAUCUUUACCAUCAGAAACUUAAGGAAGCAGAAGAGGAAGAGCAAAAAUGUGCAAGUGAGCUGGAAUUAUUAGAGAAUCACAAACAUUUACUUGAGAGCGGCAUCAAUGAAGGUCUCAGUGAAGCCACAAAUGAAUUGCAUGAUGUUCAGCGACAAUACCAAGUUGUUAUGCAAACAAAAACAGAGGAGAGCAGGAGAGCAGGUGAUAACUUGAAUCGUCUUCUGGAAGUGAUUACUACUCAUGUAGCAUCUGUAGAGAAAUAUAUCGAUGAACAGAAUGAGAAAAAUGAGAAAGAUUAUGAAGAAUUCAUGUCUGAAGAUCUAUUGUCAUCCUUGACCAGUAUUCUAGAAAGCUAUAAAAAGAAGGCUGAAAAUAUAUAGUCACCAAAAAAUUAAAUUGGAGGUUGUGAAAUUCUGGUAUGGGGUCUCUUAAAGGAUGGGCACUUUCUUUUCAGUUGUUUUUUUUUUUUAAAGCUUAAAGAAUGUUUCUGAUCUUCAUUUGAGUUACAUAAAUAUAUUAAAGGAUUAAACAAUACACUUGGAAAUUCUUUAAAAGGCUUUGUUUAUACCUUGUGCUCACCAUGUAUUUAUGCAAGACUACAAAUGUCUGUGACAACAAUUGUGGAACAGUUAAAGAUUUUUUUUCUGUAUUAUGAUACAUUUCUAGGAAUAUUCAAUAAGACAAGAGUUCCACCAACCUUUUAAAGUAAUCAGCCAAUGUGCACUUAAGAGGCGGGGCCUGCAAGCGACAGCGAAGCACAGAGACUACUGUCAAUUUGAAAUACUGCUACUUGAAAGUAACUACCUAUUGAUUGUACAGCUUUAAAAAACACUGAUAAAUGGAGGAAAGGAUUUACACUUUCCUUUCUGAGUGCAGGUUGUACAGUUGGUAGUAUAGUAUAUGUUUAGACCCACAGUGCAUGUCCUUUACAAAACCUUAAAGAAAGUUUAUCAGCAAGACCAAAUGUAAACGUCUCCCAGGGUCCUGCCUGGAUGCUGUUAUCUAUGUUACCUAAGCCACCCAGAGACCUUUCUCAUAUAAGUAAACAUUUUUUGAGAAAAGAUUAUAGGGCAGUCUUGUGUACGUUUAAAGAAUGAAAGAUUAGUCACUGUGAAAACAGCUCUGCUUCUAACUGCUCGUAGCCACAGAUGAAACUUUAAUGUACAUUCUUAAUAUGUACACCAGACAGAGCUGGAGGUAGGACAUUGUAUGAAUUCUGGUUAUACAGUUAGUCAUUUUAAAUGUAACUAGUGUUGGAUAAAUCAAAAAUUUUUGUUGUUAAGCUUGUAGGAGACAUUCUAUCUAAUUUCCCUUCUCAGGAAAGUAGCAGUAAAAUUAGUGUACAGGGAGAUCCAUACAUAGAUACAUAGAAGAAAUUUUGUUUAUUUCUUGUUUAGGAAGCAUGUACUGUCUUGGACUGUUUAAUUUAUGAUGGCAUUAUGGCAUUUUCUAAUUAAAAUAUUGACAUAUUGGAGUUUUUGGCUACAGUUCAGUGAUAAAUGCCAUUGAUUCAAACACACAAUAAUUAAAACAAUUCUGCAAUCGGUUCAAGUGGUGUUUAUACUUAUAGAAAGACUUUUAGAAACUGAUAAAGUUAUUUUGUCCAAGUGAAACAAAUCCCUAGGAUGCACAACAAAACUUAGGUGAGAACUUCUCAAGACAGACUGCAUUGUUUUUAUUUUAAUGUUAAUUUCUCACAAACUGAAUUGUCUUUAAUUCUAGAUCUUUUUUUCCAUAAUGUAUAUAAAAUUUUUUGUCCUUAAUACAGUGUAUAGAUCUUAGGCUCUAGUAUCAGCAAUCUGUUUUAUUUCAUUAUGGUAAUGACAGCUAUAAUUACAUUUCUAAGUAUCUAUUCUUCAGUUACUCUCCAGAAUUUUAAUUUGACAGCUACAAAAGCUUUCUGACUAGCAGAGUUCUGCUUUCUUCUGUUAUCCUCUAUAAAUUUACCUUUACAAAAAUCUCGUUUUUUCUUUAACAACCUAAUCUUAUCAAAUCUCAGUUACUUCACAAGCUGCUGCUUUUGUGCUUUCUAACACUUUUCUUUCUGUACAGCAAUAUCCCUAAUUAAGCAAAGGCGUGUGGUACAUAUACAGAACAAGCAUCAUGUGAGCCCAUUCUAUUUAAAAAUAAGCUUUUUUUCUUAAGGGACUGUACAUUUUCUGUCUUUCGUGCCUAUUUGUCUCUGAUUCUGUAGCCAACUGUCCUUCUGUGUAUUACUAUGUGUCAUU